AUGACAUCUUUCGUUAAUACUUCAAACAAGCCCAAUGGCCCGAGAACUGCAGUCUCCUCUGUCUCUGCGCAGGAUGUCCCCGGUCGGUGGUCGCAGUUGGGAGCAUCCCGUCCGGCUAUGGUGAUAGUUCCUUCAAGCGAGGACGAGAUAAUAGCAGCCAUACAGCUUGCGACCACCAAAAACUGGCGGGUCAUACCUGUGGGAGGAGGCCACUCGCCAUUUGUUCCUAUUAACGAAAAGUCAGUACUACUUGAUAUGAGAAAGUUCAAUCAUGUGUCAGUCGGAACAGGAUCAGUUACCAUCGGAGGCGGCUCAACUGCAGGAGAUGUCAUUCAAGCAUGUGCGGAAAAGCAAUGCUAUACAUUGACCCCGAAUUCCAACGCAGUUGGGAUGGUUGGAUUUCUCCUCGGAGGCGGUUCUUCCUCAUUCAACGGAAUCCACGGUCUAGCUGCAGAGCAUAUCAUGGAGGUCCGGAUGAUCACCGCAGACGGUCUUAUUUUGCACCUCUCAUCAUCGUCCACGGGCGCUGAACGUGAGCUUUUCUCUGCAAUCCGAGGUGCCGGCCAUGGGCUCGGCGUCAUCACUUCAUUGACGAUGCCUACUUUCUCUAUCUCUGUUCUCAACAUGCCUAAUGACUGCGUUUCGGUCCGAAGAAUUACCUUCCCUCUCGCGGCGCUUGAUCACGCGACGAUGGCUUUCUUGAAGCUACAAGAACGCGUAACUGGUCGCUCAAAAUCGAGACUUCUUAGUAGCAUUAUGUUUCUGCGCGCGCCGCCAGGGCUCUCACAAGUAGGAGAGCCUCUUAUAUAUCUGACCGCUGCCUAUUACGGCUCAGCAUCCGAUGCGGAACGAUGCACUCUUGAACUUUAUGAUCCAGAUCUCCUCCAACACUCCCUAACGGCCAGCUCUUCCACCAUCCCACUACACAAAAUGAACGACGGGACAGAGUCCUUAAACAUAACUGGCGGAUACAAGCAACUCGGAAACGCUUUACUUGCAUCUGCUGACCUCGAGGGAAUCCAGCAGGGGAUACAUGCCUGGUUACGAUUUGGUGACAGCCAUCCGGAUGCAAAGGAACAUACCAUUAUUUUUUGGGGAACUUGGAGCACUUCCCCAAUGCCAAGAAGCACGUUUCUGCAGGGAAGUGAUCGAACGGCUUUUCUUCAGGUCCUUGUUUGGUACACUGAGAGAAAUACGCAUGAGCCGGCAAGAGAGUUCAUGGAAGAUAUGCUUAAUAUCGGGCGGCGGAAUGACGCGAAUAAUGGCGUUGCCGCGCUGACUUUUCCAAACAAUCAGCUCCUUGGAGGAAAGAUCGGAGAGAUAUACUCACCGGAAGCUGUCCAGAGGAUCAAACGGGUCAAAGCUCUAUGGGAUUCCGGGAGCCUCUUUUGGAGCCCAGCCAUUGAUUCUCUUUAA